CUUUGGCCAGCGUUCAAAACAGACGGUCCCAAAUAGAAAGAGAGAGACGGACAACUGGACCAGAUUCUUGCGCUUUUUGGGGGUGAAUUGGGAUCAACUAGCUACCUCGGUAUUGUGAAUCUCGGUACAAAAAGACUUUUCUGUGCAGAACCAGCUCCUUGCACCCAUCAUGUGCAAAUGUAUGUCCAACCAGCCUUCAAGUUUGCCAACUCCAAUGUAUCAGCUAUUGCAAUUGUCAUCGUCCAUUACCAUCACCACUGCAUGUUCACAGCUCCGCAACAUCGCCUCAUCAAACCCUGAACUCGAGUCUCCCCUCUUUCCGAGUGUCUCUUGUGUCAGGGCGUACUAGUAGAACCCAUAGUAAACCCCGGAGGAACCAGCGGACCCAAGACACCAGUCAAAGUCGGGCCAUCAGGCAGAUAAUCCUGAUCGAUAGGCGUCGGGUAUUCAGUAACAGGGAACCGAACGGCCCACCAAUCGACGUCUCGACGAUGACGACGAAAAGCCAAUCGGAAGCCACCAGUGCCAUCACGAAUAAACGCUCCGUCUCCCUUGUGCUCAUACUCGCGCAACACCUCGGCCUGGGGCAUGAUGCGAGUGUACACCGAGACCUCGAAGAAAUAGAACUGCACGGCCGGGUACAGCGAGGAAAGCACCUCUCCCCACUCGAGGCCGAGGAACGGUGCCCAAUUCAUGUUGGGGGCCGGCAGAGUUCGAUCGGCGUGGGCAACACGGUAUGCCAAGGCGACGGGUCCUCGCAAGUAUGGCCUCAAGCGACUCGCAUAGUCGCCGUGCACGAUGUUGAGUGUUUGCAGGUGCAGCUUGGCCCCGAGCAGGUAGUCACGCAGCUUGUCGAGCUGGUCGAAGUCUUCGCGUUUGAAUUUGCGGUUGCGGUACUCGAUGUGGCGGAUAUUGUUGAGUUUCGCAACAUCCAUGUCUAGCAGGAGACGGUGGAAUUCAUCCGGUGUGUGAGGGCCAGAAGGGCGGAUGCAGAACGUGGUCGAGCGGAAGAAAUGCGGUGUGAAUUCAAUGUUGAUCUGCUUGCAUGUCAAGAGCAGUGAUUUGCGUGUCUUGCUGAAUCCGUGGUAUUUAUUCUUCUUGUGCCGGUCUAGCUCGCCUUCGUGUUCGGGAAUGUCUCGUAACAGGUCGUAGACCCGGAUUCUGAUGUCGGAUGGGAGGUCGAGAAACGGAAAUGGCGACGACUCUUUCUUUUUCCACUUUCUUGACCCGUUGUUGCUGUUGCUUGGGUCGCUUGGUGCCCUCAGCAGCAGCGGCGCAGUCUCACUAUCGUCUCCAUGGUCGCCAUCAGCCGCUUUCAGAGCUGCCAACUUCUGCUUGCCCUCCUCAAGAAUUUCUUUCAACUUCAUAUUUAAUAUGAGGCGCUUGAACCCGCGGAGAACUGAAGAGAUUCACAGGCUGACGCGAGUAGU